AGACCAUCGCGAGAACGCCGCUGAUCAGCAGGGCGGGGAGCAGCACGGAACGAGACGAAAAACAAGCCCAAUUCUAAUUGCGGUAAUGGAGCUUUCGUAGAUUACCAGGGCGUCAAUCAUGCCUAUAUGUUCGACGACUUCCAUUGUGUACAGUUUGUUGCCCGAUGCGGCUAGUCGUUGCAGUGGAGCAGAAAUCCCGCUCGCUCGAUGCACCUCGGCUACACCCAACUUCACCUUUCCAGAGCACAACAUAUCGCGGUCAGAGAUACUGAAGAGCACCAAUACCAGCCCGAACAUGGCACCAUCAACUCUCAAGUCACCACACGUGGAUGGCGUCCUUGUCUCCUACCCGACGCCCCAGAUCCUACUGGUCACAUUGAACAGACCCAAGCAAAUGAACUCGGUCACACAUACCAUGAAUUGGCAACUCCAACAGCUCUUCGAGUGGUUCGACGAGCAAGAUAGUUUGCGAGUCGCUGUCGUCACUGGCUCCGGGAGCAAAGCUUUCUGCUGCGGAUCUGAUCUGAUCGAAAUCGAAGAGGCGAGAAAUGCCAAGCUCACGACGGAUGAUCUGAAGAAAAGUGAGCCGUACCUUCAUGAACAUCCGAGAGCGGGAUUUGGUGGUUGUAGUAGACGAAGAGGAAAGAAACCGAUUUUGGCGGCGGUGAAUGGCUUUGCGCUUGGUGGAGGGUUUGAGAUUGUGCUUAAUGCGGAUAUUGCGAUUGCUUCGCCAAAGGCACAAUUCGGGCUGCCGGAAGCUCAGGUGGGUGUGUAUGCGUAUGGCGGAGGUUUGCCACGACUGGUCCGAGCAGUUGGCAUGCAAGCGGCUACGGAUAUUGCUUUGACUUGUCGGAGAGUCUCAGCCCAGGAGGCGCUCCAGCGAGGAUUAAUCGCGGGUAUCUCGAAGACUCCGGAGUCUGUGCUCGAUGAGACGUUGGAGAAGGCGAAGCAGAUGGCUUCCAUUUCGCCGGACGGGACUGUGGUUACGAGGGCGGGUUUGAGAGAGGCUUGGGAGACGGGGAGUGUGGAGAGGGCGUUCCAGAUCACGCAUGAACAGCUUUAUGAUAAGUUGAUUGCGGGAGAGAAUUGUGGGGAAGGACUGGCUGCUUUCAGAGAGAAGAGGAAGCCCAAUUGGAAGCCGUCGAAGCUCUAGGCGGCUUGCUCUUUGCGCGUUAGAAUGUCUUUGUUCUCGCGCGAUGGUGUGAAAUAAGCGGAGGACUUUCUUUUCUUCGGCAUCCGCAAAAUUGCCAGGUCGGUCGAGGUCGCAGCACAUACGGAAUCCUUGGCGAGCCAGUGGAUGCCAGAAAGUGUGUCAAUGACAGCCUUCUACGCACGAAGUCCGUGGGCUGAGCACACAUUGGAAGUACCUCGGAUGUGAUCGCGAAUGUGACUGAAUACACAUAGCCCUCAUGCGAUGUCAUUCAACCCUUACUUUGCCUUCAGGAACUGAGGGACAUU